CAGUAAAGGGUAGCUAUGGAGAUAGAACGUUAUCCUGGCCGCUUUCUUUGACAGGUGUUGAGUGGGGUAAAAAGUCUUAAAACAGAAUCCACAAUGUACGCCAAGGGGAAAGGAGCUGUCGUCCCUUCCGAUAGCCAAGCGAGAGAAAAGUUAGCGCUGUACGUGUACGAGUAUUUGCUGCACGUUGGGGCGCAGAAGUCCGCACAGACCUUCCUGUCGGAGAUCCGAUGGGAGAAGAACAUUACCCUGGGAGAGCCUCCAGGGUUCCUGCACUCGUGGUGGUGUGUAUUCUGGGAUCUUUACUGCGCCGCCCCAGACCGCCGGGAGACCUGCGAGCAUUCCAGCGAGGCCAAGGCCUUCCACGACUACAGUGCAGCGGCCGCCCCCAGUCCAGUGAUGGGGAACAUGCCCCCCAACGACGGCAUGCCUGGGGGACCCAUGCCCCCCGGAUUCUUCCAGGGUCCCCCCGGCUCCCAGCCCCCCCCACACAACCCCAGUAAUCCCAUGAUGGGACCUCAUGGACAGCCCUUCAUGUCUCCACGGUAUCCAGGUGGACCCCGCCCCUCGCUCCGCAUGCCAAAUCAGCCUCCCGUGGGAGUUCCAGGGUCACAGCCCCUCCUGCCAAACAGCCUGGACCCCACCAGACCGCAGGGUCACCCCAAUAUGGGCGGACCAAUGAGAAUGAACCCCCCCAGAGGGAUGGGUGGCAUGGGUCCACAGAACUACGGGGGGAUGAGGCCGCCUCCAAACUCAAUGGGAGGCCCCGGAAUGCCAGGGAUGAACAUGGGUCCAGGUGGGCGUGGCCCUUGGCCCAACCCCAAUGCUAACUCGAUAGCAUACUCGUCCUCGUCUCCAGGCAACUACGUGGGUCCGCCAGGGGGAGGGGGUCCUCCGGGAACUCCCAUCAUGCCCAGCCCAGGAGACUCCACGAAUUCCAGUGAAAACAUCUACACAAUGAUGAACCCUAUCGGCCCAGGAGGCAACAGACCCAACUUCCCGAUGGGACCGGGUCCUGACGGACCGAUGGGAGGGAUGGGCUCAAUGGAGCCGCACCACAUGAACGGGUCGCUAGGGUCAGGUGACAUGGAUGGGUUGCCAAAGAACUCUCCGAACAACAUGGCGGGAAUGAGCAAUCCCCCGGGAACGCCGCGGGACGACGGGGAGAUGGCGGGAAACUUCCUCAACCCGUUCCAGAGCGAGAGUUAUUCACCCAACAUGACGAUGAGUGUGUGAUUCAUUUUAUUUUUUAUUUUAUUAUUUUUUUUAUCUUUGUUUUUUUUUUGUUGUCGUCUCCGACUCCUACCCCGAAUCUCCAC